AUGGAGUCUAUAGAUUCUCCAAUGGAAAUUAUUGAUAUUCCCGUUGUGGAAAAUAUAAAUAAUGAUCACGAAAUUCAUGAUCACGAUAAUAAUAAUAACAAUAUUAAUAAUAAUAAUAACAAUAACAACAAUAAUGGCGAUAAUGAUAUCGAGAUGACUUCAAUCAAUUUUGGUGACCACAACCAAACUGUCGUGGGAAUGAAAGUUAUUGCAAAGAAUUUUUCAUACGAUUGUUCAAAGAAAAGAAUUUUAAAUGAUUUAAAUUUUUAUUUAGAGCCAGGAAAAAUGGUUUUACUUUUAGGUUCACCGGGUUGUGGAAAAACCACUUUGAUGAAAGCACUCGCCCAUACAAUGGGAAAGAAGGAUAAAUUGGUUGGUCAACUUCAUUUCAAUGGAAAGCCAGCGGAUUCCAGGACACAUCAUAGAGAUGUAUCCUAUGUGACACAGGAGGAUCUUCAUGUAGCUUGUUUCACUGUGAGACAGACCUUGAAAUUCAGUGCCGAUCUUCAAAUGAAAGAAGGAAGCACCGAACAACAAAAGAAUGAGCGUGUUGAUCAGAUUCUAGAGACAUUAGGACUGAAAGAACAUCAAAACACAAUCGUUGGAAAUGAAUUCAUUCGUGGAAUUAGUGGUGGUCAAAAGAAACGUGUUUCAAUUGGUAUUGAAAUGGUUAAGGAUGCCAAACUAUAUCUGUUGGAUGAACCAACCACUGGCUUAGAUUCAACUACAUCUUUAAGUAUUUUAAAACAAUUAAAAGAAACUGUUGUAACUAGAAAAUCAUCAUGUUUAAUCUCUUUGUUACAACCUGGAAUUGAAAUAACCAAUCUAUUUGAUUAUUUAAUGGUUAUGAGCAAUGGUGAAAUUGCAUUUUUUGGUCCAAUGGAAAAUGCUAUUCCUCAUUUUGAAUCAUUAGGAUUUAAAUUACCAAGUCAUCAUAAUCCAGCGGAGUUCUUCCAAGAGAUUGUUGAUGAACCAUGGUUAUACUUUCCAGGUGAAGGAGAGCCUCCUUUAAGAGGAACGGUCGAGUUUGUAGAUGCCUAUAAACAAUCGAAGGUCUAUACUGAUUGUAUCGACUUUAUCAAUGAUACCAGUAGGGAUGCUGGAUUCAUAUUCACAGAUAGUGUAGGCUUGCCAGAGUAUACAACUUCCACUUGGUAUCAAACUUUACGAUGCACAAGCAGAGCCAUGAAAAUGGAAUUCAUGGGAACACAGUGGAUCAAGAUGCGUGUCCUCAAGAAUAUUGUAGUUGGAUUGAUGCUUGGUACUCUAUACUAUAAGCUCGAUACCAACCAGACCGACGGUAGAAAUCGACAGGGUCUGAUGUUUUAUAAUUUGAUGUUUAUCUUUUUCUCUGGAUUCGGUGCCAUCUCCACUCUGUUUGAACAGCGUGAUAUCUUUUAUCAGCAGCGAGCAGUCAAAGCAGUCUCAUCGGUUUCACCAACUAGUGUCAUUGCGGCAACCGUUUCUCCCAUCGUUCUCAUGCCAUUCAUUCUUUUCGCGGGAUUCGUUGUGAAGAAGCCUGUCAUUCCAAAUUGGUGGGUUUGGGCAUAUUGGAUCUCGCCAUCCAAGUACGGAUUGGAGGGAUUGCUCAUCAAUGAACAAGCCGGUGUACCUUAUCACUGCACCGAUGAAGAGAAGAUGCCGCCUCCAUUUGUCAAGAAUUUCGCUGCACCCUAUCCAGCUGGUUUCCAAGGUCAACAGAUAUGUCCUUAUACCAAUGGUGAUCAAUUCCUAGACGAGUUGCACUACUACACAGAGUAUCGUUGGAAAUGGUAUAACCUUUUGAUCUGUGUUGGAUUUGUAUUAGUUUUCAGUGUGUUGAAUUAUAUGUUCCUUCACUUUGUGAGAUUCGAACACAUCAAGAAGAACUCUGACUCAGAACGUAGAACUCUGAAGGCAAAUCAAGUUCGUCAGCUCCGUUCAACGGGAAGUCAAAUCAAACUACCAAGACUCAGAAACUCAAUGUCUCGAAUCAACAUCCAUCUCUCAGACGAAGACAAGCCCAGUGGAUGCUACAUGGAAUGGCGUAACCUCAGCUAUGAAGUCGAUAUCAAACGUCGUAGAAAGAGUUCACGUUUACGUCUACUCAACGGAAUCAAUGGAUAUGUUAAACCUGGAAUGCUACUUGCAUUGAUGGGUCCAUCUGGUGCUGGUAAAUCAACACUUUUAGAUGUUUUGGCAGAUCGUAAAACAGGUGGUCAUAUCGAGGGAACCAUAAAGAUUAAUGGUGACUAUCGUAAUAAAUAUUUUACAAGAACAUCGGCGUAUGUAGAACAAGCGGAUAUUCUUUUACCUCAGCAAACAGUACGUGAACACAUUGAAUUCUCUGCUUUGAAUCGUCUGCCAGAAUCGAUGUCUUUCGAUGAGAAACAAAGAUUUGUCGACAAGAUUCUCGAUACUUUGAACCUGAGAAAGAUUCAAGACAAACAAGUUGGUUCCGGUGAAACCUCAAUUACACCAUCUCAGCGAAAGAAGGUAAAUAUCGGAAUAGAGUUGGCAUCUGAUCCACAAUUGUUGUUCCUCGAUGAGCCAACCUCUGGUCUUGACUCUUCGGCUGCCCUCAAAGUGAUGAGCUACAUCAAGAGAAUUGCCAACUCUGGUCGUUCCAUUAUCUGUACUGUUCAUCAACCGUCAACCUCCAUCUUCAAACAAUUCGACCAUCUUUUGCUAUUGAAGAAAGGUGGUGAAAUGAUAUAUUUCGGUCCUAUGGGUAAGGGUAGUCAACUUGUUCUCGAUUACUACUCUCAGAGAGGACAGAUUUGUGAUCCGCUGGCCAAUCCUGCCGAUUUCAUUUUGGACAUUGCCAAUGGUGUAGAUCCGAAUUUCGAUCCGGUCGACGCAUUCAAACAGUCGCAAGAGAAUGAGGUGAUGAUUCAAGAGUUGGACAGUGGUAUCACACCAGAGGGUAUCAAACCUCCAGAGUUCAGUGGCGACUAUUCUUCGUCUGUCGGAGUCCAAUUCCGUCUGCUGAUGAAGCGUUGUUUCCAGAAUCAGAUAAGAGAGCUCGCCAAUAUGAGAGCUCGUUUCUUCCGUUCUGUGUUGUUGGCAGUUGUACUUGGAACCACUUUCCUACGUAUUGGACAUCAACAGGUUGACAUCUUCAAUAGAAAAUCCAUCCUUUUCUUCUGUGCUGUCUAUGGUGGUAUGGCUGCGAUGUCUAUGAUUCCAGUGAUCAAAGUGGAGCGUGGUUUCUUCUACCGUGAACAAGCUGCCAAAGUGUAUCGUGUGUGGAUCUACGUAUUUAGUUUUAUUGUCACGGAUCUACCGUUCCUAGCAGCCAGUGUCAUAGUGUUUAGUGUGAUCACUUAUUUCCUGACGCAUCUAUUUGCUACGCCCGGACGUUUCUUUUACUUUACACUUGUUCUCAUUUUCACUUAUAUCAAUUACUCAAUGAUUGGAGUGGCAUUGGCAUCGGUUCUACCCAACGAAGAGAUGGCUUACAGUGCAGUCGGUGUAACUCUGGCAAUUUCCUCGCUCUUUGCUGGAUUUAUGAUUCCGGGACCCUCGAUUCCCAAGGGAUGGAAAUGGUUCUUUGAUAUCAAUCUACUGAAAUACGCUACGCAGGUGCUGAAUAUCAAUGAAUUCAAGGAUCAACGAUUCCGUUGUACAAACUACGAAGGUGCCAUCCCGAUACCCAUCCAAAACAAUGGUACCACCCACAUCAAAUAUUUCUGUCCAUUCACAACCGGCGAACAAGUGCUAGAAUCCUACGGUAUCGAAGUUGAUCAUCUCUACAGUUAUUUCGCAGUAGUUGUUUCCUUUGGUUUAAUUCUAUCUAUUCUAACUUAUUUAUCAUUCCGUUUUGUUAGAUAUCAAAAUAAAUAA